AUACUUUAGAAAGUUGAACAGACAACAAAGUUAAAUGGUAUCCUUAUAUUACUAUUAUAUGAUAAUCCUCCAUAGUUAAUUGGUUACUAAUGGUGACCCUUAGUUUAGAUUUAAUGAGUGAGAAAUCUAUUCUUAUCGCAUUCUUUUUACUAAUCUUCCGAGUUAACAGUUCCAACGCUAUCUAUUUUAAAAACAGAUUAACCUGUCACGUUUUUAACUAAUCUCUACUAGUUUUAUCCAAUUAUAUGCAGAAUAAUAAUUUCCCAAUGAUCGAUAUAAUGAUGACGAAAAUCUUAAAUGUCUGUUCUUUGAUAAACACUACUCUUUAUCUUUCUUAAUCUGAUAUAAAUCGUAUAAUUACAUCAACUAAUUAGGGGCACAAUACAAAAAUUUGUAGAUUAGAGUCGUAGGCAAACUUAUAAAUAUUAGUUACGACGGUACAUUUCGCAAACGUGCUGUGCUCGGAACAAACAUGGCGUUCAAAGUUGCAGUUCUUCUAGCCACUGUGCUAGCUACCAGCCUGGCUGUACCAACACCACGUCAUGAGUUCUCCGACUUCUUUAUCCACGCGGAUCCUAAUGCACGCAUAGUGGGAGGUAGUCAGGCAGCUGCGGGCAGUGUGCCUUACAUGGUGGCAAUGUCCAACGGCUUGUUGGUCCGCAGUUUCCUCUGUGGAGGAUCACUGGUCAGCGCUCGGCACGUGCUCACUGCAGCUCAUUGCAUAGAAGCUGUCUUCUCACGCGGUGCUCUCAGCAGCUCCCUCCGUGUGACGGUGGGCACGAACCGCUGGAAUUCCGGAGGCCAUUCGUACAGCCUGUCGCGCAACGUCACCCACCCGAACUACGUUUCAUCCACGAUCAAGAAUGACAUUGGCAUCCUGGUGACGUCAUCCAACGUGGCGUUCUCCAACCUUGUGCAGCCUGUGGUCCUCAGCUACGACCACAUCGGCGCCGGCGUCAGGUCCAAAGCUGCCGGCUGGGGGAGAAUCAGGCAAAACGGUGCCCUAUCGGCAGCCCUGCUGCAGCUGAUAGUAACCACGAUCGACGGGCAACAAUGUGUGCGUGAGGUGGCGCAGCGUGCGUUAGAACUAAACAUCCGCGCACCUGCCGUCGAGCCUCACAUCGAGCUCUGCGUCUACCACUCUCCUGGACACGGCAUGUGCAACGGUGACAGCGGCAGUGCUCUGGUUACUGAGAGCAACAGCCAGCAGAUUGGUAUCGUGUCAUGGGGGCUGCCGUGUGCGCGCGGAGCACCAGACAUGUUCGUGCGCGUCGGCGCCUACAGGGAUUGGAUCACCCGCGCAAUGAAACUCAUACAUUACACAGUAACAUGCUUAAACAUCCAGUUGUUCAAGGAAGUGGCAAAUAUAUUCGACGUUGCGACAACGAUGGUGUUCAAAGAAGUUAUUUUAUUAGCAUUAUUUGUUUUAAUUUUAGGAGCUACAACAUACGAGUAUGGUACAUCAGAGUUGUUUAUUCACGCGGAGUCCCGGGGACGCAUUCUGGGUGGUGUGCCGGCGGACGAGGGCUCAGUGCCUUACAUCGCAGCAGUGACCGUGGGGACCACUGUCCGUAGCUUCCUCUGCGCCGGCUCUCUGUUCACUACUAAACACAUCCUGACAGUCGCUCACUGCAUCACCGCACUGUAUCGUAAUGGUUCUUUUGUCAACUCUGUCAGCAUAACAGUGGGCACCAACAUCUGGAACUCUGGCGGACAAACGUACAACGUCUCCGGCAACAUCACACAUCCGGACUUUGACCCGAUACUUGUUAAAAACGAUAUAGGAUUCCUGAUCGUGUCAACAGAUGUCGCUCUCAGUAAGAGCGUGCAGUUGGUCACCUUGAGUUUCCAGAAUAUCGGAGCUGGUGUCGAAGCGACAGUCGCCGGUUGGGGAAGAGUGAACAGGACGAGACCUCUGUCCUCGGAGCUGUUGGAGCUGGAGAUGACAACAGUAGAAGGCCAGCAGUGUGCAAAAGAGGUGAAGGCGGAAGCCGCGGCGAUCCGGCUGCGAGUGCCGCCAGUAGAGCCUAGCAUAAUGCUCUGCGCGUACCAUUCACUGAACCACGGCGUGUGCAAUGGUGACAGCGGUAGUCCUCUAAUUGAAGUGGUGACUGGUAAGCAGAUCGGUCUGGUGUCGUGGGGACUGCCGUGCGCGCGCGGCACGCCCGACAUGUUUACAAAAGUCAGCGCAUUCCAACAAUGGAUACAACAUGUUAUAAAUAUUGAUGAUAGUAUCGGCUAAUGAAACUAAAGCUUUAGAAAGUUAAAUGAGGAUUUUCACUGUAGAAAUAAUUGUAUACAUAUUGUCUUAGCUAUUCUUUUUAAUAACAAAGAUAUGUUUCAUUACGAUUGUUACGAGAAGUUUUUCA